AAAUGGCUAGUUCAGUUGCCCGUAUAUCUCGACAAAAAGCGAGAAAACGCGAAACAAUCAAACCUGCCCCUACAACCAAAAGAAAUUUGCGAAACUCAACACCUGCCCGUUUAAAUAAAAAAGAAGAAAUAAAAGUUAAUUUUUCUAAUAAUAAUUCCUCACAGUUAAUUAAUUUAAUAAAUUUAAAAAAUAAUAAAAAAGAAGAAAAUUCAAAUAAUUAUUUAAUUGGACAAAGUAGUGGAGGUAUUGGAAGGAAUUUUGAGAAGGAAAAAAGAGAUACUCAUUUGAUAGGAGAGGAAGAUAAAUUAAUUAAUGAUAAUAAUAAUUUAUUUAUUUUAAAUAAUAAUACUCCACAUUUUAUUUUUAAACCGAAUUAUUCUGCUAUUAGACAACGUAGAAUAUCUCAAAUGGAAAAUAGAAGCAGGAUUAGGAUUGUUGUAUUAUCAAUUACUGGCACUCACAGAAAGGGAAAAAGCUUCCUACUAAAUUUUUUUCUUGAUUAUUUGUAUAAAUUGCAAUAUACACAGAAAAAUGUAAAUAAAUAUUUCUUUUACUUAAAAGCUUUAAAAAUAUUUUUUUUGAAGCAAGAUUUGGAAUUGGAAGAAUGGAUAAAUGAUGAAGAUAUUGUUGAGGGUUUUACGUAUAAAGCUGGGCCAAAAAGGUGUACUGCGGGAAUUUGGAUAUGGGCUGAGCCAAUACUUAUUGAUAUACCUAGUGGAGAACGAUAUGCUGUUCUUUUAAUGGAUGUCCAAGGAUGUAUUGACCAAUCAGUUAUUAAUGGAAAUAGUUGUACAAAUACGACAAAUAAUUUAUUCACUUCAUCAAUAUUAAAUAAUACUAAUAAUUUACAACAUCCAGCAAUCUUGGCACUUUCUACAAUGCUAAGCUCGAUUCAAUGCCUAAAUUCAUCAGAAACAAUUUCUGAAGAAUUAAUACAAAUGCUUACAUUUUUUACUGAUUAUGGACGUUUGGCAUUGACAGAAGCUAAAGAAUUAGGGAAACCUUUUCAAUCAUUAGCAUUUAUUGUUCGAGAUUUUAAAUUGGAAGAUGAAUUAAUUUAUGGAAUUGAAGGAGGUGCUCGUUUUUUGGCUAAAGUAUUGCCUGAAGCAAUUAGUGAAAAAAGAGAAAAUUUAAAUCCAAAAAUAACAGAAGUUAGGAAAAAUAUUAAUCAAUGUUUUGGACAAGGAGUUAAUUGUUAUUUAAUGCCUCAUCCUGGUCCAAAAGUAGCCGAUCAAAAUUCUGGAUUUAAAGGACAAGUUAAAGAAAUUAAACAAUUAUUUCGAGAUGAAGUUAAGCGAUUAGUGGAAUCUUUGGUCAGUCCAAGUGUGAUACGCCCUAAAUUAUUAAAUGGAAAGCCUGUUACUGUCAGAAAGUUUAUUGAGUGUGUUAAGGAAUAUUCCCGUCUAUUUGAUUCAUCAGAAUUACCAGAACCCCGUUCUAUUUUAAAUUCUAAUCUCCACCUAAUCUGUGUGGAAUAUGCAUUAGAUGCCAAAUUAGCCUAUUGUAAAGCUAUGGAUAGAACAACACGUUCAUCUAGAAUGAUGGCGGAGAAAAAAUUAUUGGAGGCGCAUAUUAAAAAUGGAAUUAAGGCUUUAAAUAUUUAUGAUAAAUGUCCAAAAAUAUAUAGUGGUGAUAUUAGAAUACAAAAUUUGGGAAGAUUGCAGGAAUCUAUUAAUCAUGAAUUGGAACGUUAUCAACGUCUUAAUGAAGAAAAGAGGGUAACAACGUGUACUUCAGCAAUGCUUGCUUGUGGUGAUUCUCCUCUUUUUGGUCUUGGGUUGGGAGGGGCAGCUUCUGGGGCUGUUGCCGCUACUGUUAUUACAUUACAAAUGGGUGUGGUUAGUGCUGGCAUUGUUGCAAUUCCUGUGUCCUUAACUGCUCUUUUUGGGAUCUGGGUUUAUGUAACAUUAAAACCAUCUGUAAAAUCGUGCCUUGGAUUAGAAAAAGAUAAUUAG